UCAUAACGGUCGAAGAUUUUAAAAGCACUGCAUGAGCACGUGGUUGUUUGUAUGGCUUUGCGCUAGCAACCAAUGAUAAAUAUCAAUCAGUCCGCGCUACCGCCGUACACACAUCUUGUGAUUGUGACAUUUUCAAGAGAUCUUCUCAGAUCGACUUUUCGGCCUGCAUCUUCAUGGCUGCAAAUGCUGUAUACGGGAUAGCCAUGCAACCAUAGGCCUGGAUGACUACUCAAAGCUAGGCCACGAUUACGUGUAACACUGAAGCAAUGAAACCAUUCGGGCUGUAUAACAACAGGCAGUUCAGCUACGAUUGCAUGUAACACUGCAAUCACUACAGGGAAAACCAUCAACCACAUGUGUCAACACGUGCUGCUGUUAUCCAGUUGCUAAAUGCGCGGCAAACCUAAAGUUGUUGUGCUCUCUCGGUCGUCUGCUCUUGCAUGUUAAUCACAACUUUAAACAGUUCGCUACUGCCAUGAUGACACACCAGCCUGUUUCAACUCUGAUAUACGAUAUAUGUUAAAAAAGAACCAGCAAGGAGGAAAAGAAACCAACGUCUUGUGUAAUUAAUCUGAAAGCCAAUACGAACCAGUGCAUGAUCUCUCUCAGUUGUUGUGCUCUCUCGGUCGUCUGCUCUUGCAUGUUAAUCACAACUUUAAACAGUUCGCUACUGCCAUGAUGACACACCAGCCUGUUUCAACUCUGAUAUACGAUAUGUUAAAAACGAACCAGCAAGGAGGAAAAGAAACCAACGUCGUGUGUAAUUAAUCUGAAAGCCAAUACGAACCAGUGCAUGAUCUCUCACCAAACCAUCAUUACCUACAACAACGAGCAAUGUUGCUCUGCAUUGCACUUGUUUUUUUCUCCUUACAUCUACAUUAGGUAAAGUCAAUUAAGUGUGUGGUAUAGUUUACACGUGCGUUGAUAAAACUCGUUCGGGUUUGUCCUUGCACAUACUGCCGGUGUUUAAACAGUUUUCCUCCCGCAGCAAUCUGAUACGAACUUGGAACACCUUUUCUUUCUGGCUCGUACUGUCUCCAGAUGCAGAAACCUCACCUUCUACUCUAAAAUUCUAGGAACUCUGUGAAUUGAUUGUAGAAUGCUGGUGAGGGGUUCUCUAUAAUACGAGUAUGCUUUACGUCCGGUUCAUAAAGUAUGGAUAAACUUAUACCCCGAGGUGAGAGUUUAAGAACGCGGCAGUGAAGAGCGCAGCUUUCUUGCAUUGGUAUUGCCGUCUACUUACAACGCACUGAAAACCAAAGUUGGCACCGGUCUCUAUGAUGGGGUAUAACUGAAGAUCAACAUAUGAGUGUGCGAGUACAGUACAGUAUCAUACUCAUAGACCGGUCUAAUUCAUACGAGGCAAUAAAGCCAGGAAACUACACAGCAGUUCCAGGACUGAAGUGCUGGAAGGACUGAAGAUUCAACAAGACACGCUAAUCAAACCGUGCGGAUGGCAACAGAACUUGGUCACGGUGAAACGACUGAGGCCAAGACUACCAUGGCCCGCCUUGUCGGUUUCACGGCCUACUUUACGGGGACCGUUGAGCCCCUGGACCGGUGGGUCGCCACGAAGCCGUGCCCGGUACGAUUCCUGAACGCUUGCUGCCGUGGCUUCGGACAGCCCAUCUUUUUGAACAACCCAAUCAGCGGGCUGAUCAUCAUGGUAGCUUUGUUCGUUCAGAAUCCCUGGCAGGCAUUGUGUGGUAUCUUAGGACUCGUUGUGGCCCAGCUGACUGCCAUGGCAAUGAGACAGCCGAGAGGGGGCGUGGAUAGCGGUGGGGUGGCGUUUCAGGGUCUACUGACCGGCUUGGUGAUACCGGCGUUGACCGGUCUGCUCGACUGGCAGGCGUUGCUCCUGCUGCCAGUCGCCCUAUUCGCUAUAUUCAGCGUGUUCCUCUCCAGUGCACUCGGCAAUCUCCUUGGCCAGUGGGGCAUACCUGCCUUCAACCUACCCUUCAACGUCGCCACGUUUCUCUUCGUGGCUGCAUCCGGCCCCACCCAUCCAUACUUCCGCCCCGCUCCAGCGGGACCUCAAGUCGGGAUGAUGACGGUGGUGCCUAACGCUACGGAUCAACCGAUCAACUGGCUCAUGGUACUAAGCACAAUACCAGUUGGUAUCGGGCAGUGUUACGGGUGCGACAAACUGGCUACUGGAUGCUUAAUGGCAUUGGCGAUGCUCAUCUGCUCACCUACAGUGUUCCUACACGGGGUGAUCGGCUCGAUACUCGGCACCCUCACCGGACUAGCCAUGGCCGCUCCGCAUGCAGAUAUCUACGCCGGGCUUUGGAGCUAUAAUUCGGUACUGACAUGUGCGUCAGUCGGUGGGUUCUUCUUCGUAUUAACGUGGCAAUCACAUUUGGUUGCUCUAUUUUCGGCGAUAUUCGCCGCCGUUGUUAAAGGUGCGCUGUCUGCCGUUCUCAAACCAGCGGGUCUACCAGACAUCGCGUUCCCGUUCUGCAUUGCGGCCGGACUGUUCCUCCUCGUUACGAGCGAGAGUAAACUGCUCAUGCGCGUCCCGAUGGACAAGAUCACGUGGCCUGAGGACCACAGGAGAAAGUUUAAACCAGGGGGCGUGGCCGAUGUCCCAGACGGGGAGGCGUUAGAAGUGACUUGAGGGCAGUGUCUGUUUUAAAGCAUAUUAUUUUUUACUAUUCUUCGGCCCCUUUUUGAUACAGGAGAUGGACCUUUUAAGAUUUAUCUUUUUUAGAAAAUAAUAUAUAUAUAUUGACCAUCCCGUCCGAGAGUCUCUAGUUAAGAUUUACAGAACUUAUCACUCUCCAAAAAGAAGAAAUUCUGUUCUGUCCGAAAGCAACAAGAAACUUUGUUCACUGUACGAUUGUUCUCCAUGUAUGCCUGUGUCAGAUGCAAUUGUGCCAUGCAAUACUGUCCGCUUCCGACACUUUUGCAUAUAUGCA